CGUUCGGGACGUAAAAGUCGCGCAUUGUUCGGGAAGGUAACGAAAUCGCACGUAUUGGAGUCGGAAUUGCAUUUGUUCGGACGAAUUGUUCGUGUACGACCAGUUCGAAAUAAUUCACGAAUUAUUCGUCGAAUUGCUAACUAGGAGUGGUGGUUUAAUAAAGACUUUUAAGUUGUAUUUCAACAUAACUAUUCAUUCAUCUGGUAUUCAACAUCUAUCUUAUUUCUUCUUCUUCCUGGUUUCGAGAGAUGAAUCAAUGUGUUCCCAUUUUCACCUAGUUGGUUGCAAGUGAGAGACAACCAUGGCUACUACUAAAUCAAUACAAAUUGUAACUAUUCUUUUGAUGUUUUCUUGUCUUCUUCUCAAAAUUUCAGCUCAAACUGAAGAAGCCGAAGCUCUAGUAAAAUGGAAAGACAGUUUAAAUUCGCAUUCUCUUACCUCAUGGUCUCUUACCAAUGGAAGCAGCACCAACAAUCCUUGCAAGUGGUCUGAUAUUAAAUGCGGCGGCAGUUCAAACAGUGUUGUUGAGAUAAAUCUUAACACGUCAGGAGUGGAUGGAACACUCGAGCAAUUCAACUUCUCAGCGUUUCAAAAUCUCGCCUCUCUCAAUCUUGAUCUUAAUAAUCUGGUUGGUGAUAUCCCGACUCGUAUCGGGCUUCUUCGGAAACUUUCUUAUCUUAAUCUGGGAAGUAACAACUUUACAGGAUCAGUGCCAUCGGAAAUUGGGAAUCUCAGAGAGCUUCGUUUUCUUCGGCUAGCCAACAAUACUCUUACUGGACCGAUUCCGUAUCAAGUUUGCAGUCUUCAGAAGGUACAAAAUCUUGAUUUAUCUGGAAAUUACUUGUCAAAUCCAGACCCAACUCGGUCUAAGGGCAUGGCUUCAUUGACUCGUCUUGAUCUCAAUUACAAUUCUUUGGCAUCAGAAGUCCCACCUUUUAUCUUCAGAAGCCCAAAUCUAGUUUAUGUUGAUAUUUCAGAUAAUCCGGAUAUAGGAGGUCCAUUUCCAUCUCAGUUCAUCAAGACUUUGAAGAAUAUUCAGUUCCUUAAUAUGUCUGGUAAUAUGUGCGAAGGAAGACUUCCAGCAGAAAUCGGAAACCUUUCCCAACUUCAUGACCUGAGGCUGAGUAGGAAUCAGCUAAAUGGGUCAAUACCAUCGGAGAUUGGUCUAUUAGCCAACCUCAGAAUUCUUGAAUUGAAUGAAAAUCCAUUAGAAGGGCCAUUUCCAUCUUCUAUAGGAAGCCUUAAGAUGCUUCAAACACUAAACCUUGCAUACGUGAACUUGAAUUCCAGCAUUCCAGACAAGCUUGGCUUAUGCACCAAUCUUACAUUCCUGGGAUUAGCAUCAACGAAUCUUCAAGGUACUUUGCCGCUUUCGAUGGCUUCUCUAAUCCAACUCACCGACUUUGGAAUUUCAAGUAAUCAAUUAUCUGGUGAGUUUAAUCCAUAUUUUCUGUCUAAUUGGACUCAACUAGUUUCACUUCAACUUCAAGAUAACUUUUUCACAGGAACUAUUCCCGGUGAAAUCGGUUUGUUAAAAAACCUCAAUUUUCUAUACAUGUUCAAGAACAAAUUAUCAGGUCCCAUACCUUCAGAGAUUGGAAACUUGUCAGAUCUGAUAGAGCUCGAUUUAUCUGAAAAUUUUAUUAAUGGCUCAGUUCCAUCAAGCAUAGGAAACUUAACUAUGCUUGAACGCAUGACGUUGUACGGCAACCAGCUCAGUGGAGUGCUUCCUGAAGAAAUAGGUAACUUGGGAAGUUUGAAAUAUUUUGACGUGAGCAUAAACACACUGCAAGGAGAGUUGUCUUCAUCAAUAACUCAGCUGCAGAACUUGGAACUCAUUUAUCUCGCAAAUAACAGCUUUACAGGUAGUUUACCGGAAGAGUUUGGUCCAUCUUCUUUAACGAAUGCAAGCUUCUCUUACAACAAUUUUACCGGAAAACUUCCUUCCAACAUUUGCAUAGGAGGGAAUCUCGUAUACUUGGCAUCCAACAAAAAUAAUCUAGACGGACCAAUUCCUGAAAGCUUCAGAAACUGCACAAAUUUAUCCAGAGUUCGGCUCGAAGACAACCUUCUUGAAGGAGACAUCACAGAUGCAUUUGGUGUUUACCCAACUCUGGAGUUUAUCGACUUGAGUAGAAAUCGGUUGUCAGGUGAAUUGUCACCGAACUGGGGAGCAUGCGUGCAGCUUUCGUACUUCAGAAUAUCGGAGAACAUGAUAUCAGGUGAAAUCCCACCAGCUCUCGCAAGCUUAAAAUCUCUGCAAGAUAUCAGCCUUUCUUCGAAUACAUUGUCGGGUCAGAUUCCGGUGGAUAUGUUUUCUUCAGAUUCAGUUGUAUUUAAUCUGAAUUUGAGCAAGAAUCAGUUCUCAGGUAAGAUACCAGUUGAGGUUGGAAAAUUAGCACGUCUGCGUAAUUUGGAUUUAUCUGUAAACAACCUCAGUGGGCCUAUACCUGGAGAAAUUGGAGACUGUCAAGGCCUAAUAUCAUUGAAACUAAAUGACAACAAGUUAAAUGGAUCAAUUCCAUACCAGGUUGGGAAUUUGGGAGCUUUGCAGUCAGAUCUUGAUCUCAGUCAAAACGAGCUCAGCGGAGAAAUAUCACCACAGCUUGGGAAUUUAAAAAAUUUGGAGAGCUUGAACCUGUCCAACAACAAGCUAUCUGGUUCAAUACCCUCUUCUCUACAGGGUAUGCUAAGUCUUACAUCUAUUGAUCUUUCAAAUAACGAACUCAAGGGUCAAGUUCCGGAUGUGAAUGCAUUCGAAAAAGAUCCUAUCAAAGCGCUAGGAGGUAAUCAAGGUCUGUGCAGCAACGAGUUGAAGGGUUUGAGCCCUUGUAGUGGUACACCAUCAUCCAAUAACCGUGGCAAAAGCAAUAAGUGGAGAGUGAUAGUUGCAGUGGUGGUUCCAGUUGCCGUAUCAUUAGUUCUUCUUCUGAUUCUGUUCGGAGUUUUCUGCUACUGCCGUAAUCACAAAGAUGACUCCGAUGAGGAAAACUUAGAUUCAGGUGGUGACAGCUCAUUCUCAGUAUGGAACUACAACGGAGACGUAGUGUUCAGGGAUAUUGUAAAGGCAACAGGGAAAUUCGAUGAGAAAUACUGCAUUGGAAAAGGUGGACAAGGAAGUGUUUACAAAGCAACACUUCAUAAUGGCAUAAUUUUUGCUGUAAAGCGCCUUCAUGAUACAUCGUCAUCAUCCAGUGAAUAUGCAUCCUCAGAGGCUACGCGCUACAAGAGUCUUCAGUCUGAAGUACAUGCGCUGACAGACAUACGACAUCGAAACAUUGUGAAGUUGUAUGGUUUCUCUGGGACGAAGGGUAACAUGUUCUUGGUAUAUGAAUAUGUUGAAAGAGGUAGUUUGGCAAACGUGAUGUACAAUGAGAAAGAGGCAAAGAUGUUGAACUGGUCAAUGAGGUUAAAAAUUAUCAAAGGUGUGGCGCAGGCCUUGUCUUACUUGCACCAUGACUGCACCCUGCCUAUUGUGCACCGAGACAUAACUGGAAAUAACAUUUUACUAGACCCGGAAUAUGAAGCUAAGGUCUCAGACUUUGGGACAGCAAGGUUACUAAAACCAGAAGAGUCUAAUUGGACAGUACCCGUUGGCUCCUAUGGAUACAUGGCUCCAGAGCUUGCAUCUACAAUGAAGGUGACAGAGAAAAGCGACGUAUACAGUUUUGGAGUUGUUGCAUUAGAAGUCUUAUUCGGGCAACACCCUGGGGAAUUCCUUUUGCAGCUACAAUCUGAAGGACAUGAUCUGUUUCUAGUGGAUGCAUUAGACAAGCGCCUUAGUCUCCCAACUGGACUAAUUGCAGAUGAAUUGGUGUUAACAGUUACCUUUGCUUUGGCAUGUACAUCUAUAUCUCCAAAUUCUAGACCGACCAUAAAUUUUGUAAGUCGCGAGCUGACAGCAAAUGUAGUUCUUCCUAUAGAUGAGAACUUUCACCUGCUCACAUUGCAGAAAUUGUUGAAUGUUUUUUAA